AGCGUCUGCAGAAAAUAUUUUCGCAUAUGUCUCAGAUAUCAAAUACAGUUUUAUUACAGUGCAUUUGAACUUUAAACCAUUCGCUGAGUGUUGAAAUACGGUUUCAAUUACUUUGAGUCGAACUUCGAUCCUCUUGAGUUGCGGUUCUCGUGUUUCAAUUUCACAAUUCUGUAUCCUCGAGGUUUCGCGGGUUGCCAAAAUGGUAAUAGAUCAAGUUCACGGCCUCCAGGCCACGUCUAUGAGCCUGAAUGAAAGGUUCACCAUGUUCGCGGCGUCUCCGGCGCCGGCUCGGCCUCGCACGCCGCGGCGGAGGCCUUCGACCGGCGGCUUCUAUAGUGAUAACAUGAACAGGAACCUGAUUGAGCAGAUCGCCCGCCGUUUAGAGCAACAGGCUAAACGGCAAGCCCUCCGCCAAAGACUCGGUGUUGGCGCGGGGGGGCUCAGGCGUUUUGGUAGCGAGAGCAGCUUAGCAGGGCUUCGACGCUCUAACAGUUUUGGAGACCUGAGCCAGCGAGGAAUCAAGAGCAGGAUUUCUUGGAGACAGUCCAAUGGGAACCUCAAUCGCUCGACAUCUUUCGGGAAUCUGUCUGGUGGGGUGUGGCGAGGCCGAGGCUUGCGCGGUCUGAGAUGGCGCGUCGGCAAUCGGGUGCUCCGCGGACGACUGAGAGGCGGCGCUCACUUCGGACGAGUCAGCCGCGUCGGUAGCCGCCCGCUGCGGGGCCGCGGGGUGGGGCGGGGGCGGGGCGCGCGCGCGCGCGGGCGCGGGCGCGGGGACACAGCGGCGCCGGGCGCGGGGAGGGGCCGAGCGCGCGGAGCGGCGAGGGGACGAGGACGAGGUGGCAUAUCCCGCCAGGCGCCAAAACCGGUACCCACAAAGGAGGAGCUGGACCUCCAACUAGACCAAUACAUGGCCAGCACUAAGUCCGCCCUGGACAAGGAACUCGACACUUACAUGAAAAAUGCCAUGGAACUCGAGUGAAGUGACAGUGAUUAACAUAGAUUACAGUAACUAUACAUACGUCUGGGCGAGCAUAGCAAUACUAUCCAAUCGUUUAACGUAACAUCAUGCCAACGUUUUUAAUAUUUUAUGUGUAUAAAACCUAGAACUAGACCAAUACAUCAUCAUCAUAUCAGCCCUUUAUCGCCCACUGCUGAGCAUAGGCCUCUCUUCUAGUACGCCACUGUAUCCCGGUCCUGAGCUAGUCUCAUCCAGUUGUGACCCGCAAUUUUCCGGAUGUCGUUCACCCAACGAGCUAAUGGAUAAAAAAAGGUAUAAAUACAUGGCAGGUACUAAGUCUGCUUUGGACAAAGAGCUGGACACUUACAUGAAAAAUGCCAUGGAACUUGAGUGAAGUGACAGUGAUUAACAUAGGUUACAAUAAUUAUACACAUCUGGGCGAGCGUAGCUAUACUACUCAAUUGUAAAAACCACUUGUAAACUCUAAUGGCAAUUUAGUGGGUGUAAAAGUUGCAACUAGACUUACUAGACCAAUUACAUGGCCGGCACUAAGUCCGCCUUGGACAAGAAACUCGACACUUAUAUGAAGAGUGCCAUGGAACUCUUAGUUAAGUGACAGAUUUACUAGGGUCUCUGAGCUAUGAAAGUUGCGAACUUGAAGGGUUCAUCAAAUCAGUAUCAAAUUAAAUUGAAGGAAGCUCCUUCCAUACAAAAUAUAAUACAUACAUAAGGAAGGGCUCCCUCUCAGCGUCUCGCGAGCGUAGCGUUGGGCUCACUGUAUGGCGACGUCGACGCGGCGUCUUUUUCCAUACAGUUGGCCCGACGCUGCCCUAAACUCACGCCUCACGCCUGUAUUUCCGGAAAUGGAACUGCUGACGUGUCAGUGCCACUCUUAGCAAUUAAGGGGUUGAAAGAAGAGAAAAUUGUGAUAAUGUAGUGACAGGUUCCUCACCUAUAUCCCACAGUAGACGUCUACUAUACCCACAGGAGGAAAGGGGGUGGUAAUAUUCUUAACCUGUCACAGUUAAAUAUUAUUAUUAUUAUUACUGAUAUAUAAAUGACCUGCCUAGGAUUUGAACCCAAGACCAUCCGUUUUACUUCUUCAAGUAUUGCUAAACUUGCCCAGUUGCCUAUUUUUCAAACGCGUCAUCUGAAUAAAAUACUGUAAUCUAUGUAAAGUGAAAAAGUGACUGAAAUAAAAACAUAUACAUAAGGACUCAUUGAAAAUUGACAUAGUGUUUAAGGAUAGUGUAUAUUUAGUUUUUUUUUUGUUUUUUGUGAUAAAGAUAACAGAAAUUUAUAUUAUGAAAAUACUAGUGUGGUUUUAACACUAAAAAUAAGUGUUUUCAAUCCUAUGUGAAAAUCAAAAACUAAGUAUUUCUACGCUACAAGAUUCAAUAAUAACAACGAUUAGUUUAUUCUAUAUACAUCAAAAAACGGGAUAUAGUUUUGAGUGUCAACUUUACUGUGAAUAUAUUUCGCCAGGUAUGAUUAUUAGUAAAUUGAGUAAAUAUCUGUAGUUACUAGUUUUAUCCUGAUUUGUAACUACUUACUAUAUGAAACUAUUCAGAAAAACGUUUUGAUUUUAGUGUUCUAAUAUAGAAAACAGGAUUUAUUACAUUUUCUAUAUUAGUCUACAUACCUACUAAAAUAUAUACAGUAAAGUACUGUGAAUAUUUUCAUGAAAAGACAGUUAAGAUGGCGUUGUUGUGGCCUAGUUGUCAUAUAAACUACGGACGGUCAAGCAAAGUUUGUCCCUAGAAAGGUGGCAAAUUAAAAAAUGUAAGGGCGUAGCUUCAUUGUCCCAUAGAAAAUAUGAAUUUCGCACAUCUUUUAGUGACAAAAUUUACUUGACGGUCUAUAAAUAUAUUAGAGUUGGCGAAUAAAGUAUAGAGCGCCAUCUAUACUAGCAAAAAAUAAUUAAUUAUGAAUUUGCCUUGGCCUUUACACAUAAUACAGCAGCGGCUGGUCCAUACAAGCCGAUUCCCACCGGCUUGCCUAAAAUUGAUUACUAUUAAAGUACCUAAUGUAAAGGUAGGUUUCUUUUUGUUUUGGUGUUGCCUAGCUGAAAUUUUCACCAGCCGCCACCGAUAAGUACAAUGAAUGAAUCCUUGGUUAGAAAAUAUAAAAAAAUUGUAUUUCACUACAAUACACAAUAAUACACAUACGUAAAAGUUUGACAUUAUGUGACAAGCUGUUUAGUUAAGGGUCCCCCCACAUCUAGCGUCUCGCGAGCGUAGCGUCGGCUCAACUGUAUGAAAAAAGAUGCCGCGUCGGCGCAACGUCGGCUUUGUCAUACAGUUAGCCCGACGCUAUGCUGGCGAGACGCUAGAUGUGGGAGGGGGGGUGGGGGGCUAAACAGGAAAAUUUAACUAUGGAUUAUGAAGGGUAGAGGUAAGGAGAAGUGGACGGCUCACUCCGCGAUUCUAUCGCCGCGCUACAAGUACAUGCCGGGGGCCGCGAGUUCGCGGCCCAUUCAGUGGUGACGACCUUCGCUUGGUGCGAUAGAAUUCAAUGUCGGCUGCUCGCGUGCACUCCGUUUGUUAAUGUAGUUAAGAAUUUAGAAUGGCGGCAUUUUGUGAAUAUCAGAGGAGUGAGCCUUCUGUACUUGUACUAUUAUAUAUUCUGUGGUUUCAUACACAGGAUGUUCUUACCUCUACCCUGCAUACUAUGGACACUUAUAUGAACAUAAUGUAAAUAUUGACAAAUGUCAGUGUAGGAUAAGUAAUACAUUUGUUGUUUUCAUUAAACGAAAGUACGUUUUCUA